AUGUUUCAGAUGCCACCUCGCCGUCCCCGAUCUGCUCGACGGAAGUGCGACGGAGUUUUGCAGCCACCAAGUCCAUCGGAUUCUGGGUAUAGUUCCGCAGAGUAUGUUUUCGAAUACUCGCACAAUACCCGGAAAAGAUACUUCCAUUCUUUCGAUGGUUCUGGCCCAGAUGGUACCCCUAUGCUGAAACUACUCGGGAAUGAAGAGCAAAUACCCCCUGCGGCCAAACAGAAGGAGGUCCAGGAUGGAAUUCCUACAACACCCGAGCAUAAUCAUCCCAGGCAAAAAUCAAACGUUGUUUCUCCCUUCAUUUGUCCACAAAGUCCCAAGCGCUUGCCCCUGCAAGAUAAAAGAAUUGACCACAACAGAAGCCUGGAUAGAUACGUUCCAAGACGUGACUUCGUAUCUCCGUCAUCAGAAAGAUAUCGAACUACCAAACAGAGUCAGGAUCUGUCUAGAGAAGAGCGCUUGAAGCGCAACAAGAGUGCCUCGGCCGAUCCCUUUGUUCUCAAACGUCGUGUUCUGGACCCUGACCCACGUUUUCCUUUCAGAGUUGACGACACCUGUCGAGAUAGAGGUGUAGCUUUGGGCCAGCUCCCACAGAACCGAGGAGGCGAGCGUCAGGUUAGCAUGGGAGCCAUGUGGUCAGUUGGAGGUGUUGCACCCAGCACAAUUGCAGUCGAUGACGGGCAAGGACAUUUCGUCCGACGUGGAACAAAUGCCCGCUUAUUUCCCACCCCUUUGCAAGAAGGGCUUGUCAGCACGUCGGUCGAGAAAGAGAAGCAUGAGGGUCGCAUUGCUUCAGCUCUGAAGAUCGAUCAGGUUCGGAAGAUCCUUGAGUUCGCAGAGAAUCAGCAGGUACCCCGAGACCUAAGAUGUCAUGCUCGGCAGACAGAGUUCAGUCAAACAAGUUGGAAUGGGUAUCGGUGGGCCAACAAAGAGGAGUGGUCAACCCCCAUUAGACCAGCAAGACAACGACUUCUCCCAGCUGCUCCGUUCAGGGUGCUUGAUGCGCCGAACCUCAAAGAUGACUUUUACUGCUCACCAUUAGCAUACUCAGCUACCACGCAUAUUCUAGUUUUGACGUCGGUCGCCUUCUCGUCAACGCAAGGAGGCAAAGCCGUGCUUGGAAUCGGGCAUUCUGAUGGCCGGAUCCUUUUCCAAUCCACAUUCGACACACUGCCGCGAUUCGAAGUUCGCCAGGCGUUUCCCAUUUCUUGCGUCAGCUGGCGUCCCACCUGUACUCUACGACCUUCCAAGAACCCUCUCAUCCCUGGCGUUCAAGUACAGACAGAGGAUCUGGUGGUUGGUGACGAUAUGGGUAAUAUCUAUUAUUACGUGGUAGAGUGGCCAAUAGGCUGGGAAAUCACCCGGAACACAUGGCCUGGUGCAGUAUCGUUGAUAGCCAGGAUCAGCAAUAUUCACUGUCAGCAAGUAUGCGGUCUUGCAUGGUCAUAUGAUGGUCGUCUAUUCGCCUCGGGGGGUAAUGACAAUCUUUGCUGUCUUUUCGAUGCUGAACAAGUUGUUGGACGACGACUUGACUCUACUAUGCUAGGGGAUGGAUAUCGAGCGCGUGUCGAAGCUAGCAGCGCCUAUGGUGGUAUUGAGACAAGAGCCACACAGCUGAUAGGUCUCUCUCGAAGUGAUGGUGGUUACACGGCACAGUUGCGAUUAGUGCCAAAUGCCACUGAUGCUGUCCGUUGCCUUGGCCCUGGCAUUGCGAAGCAUUACUGGAGCCAUGACGCUGCUGUCAAGGCCAUAGCUUUUUGUCCUUGGAGGCGUGGAUUAGUCGCAACAGGAGGUGGCUCUAAUGACAAGUGCAUCCACUUCUUUCACACUCCAUCUGGGGCAGCUUUGGCAACGAUAUCAGUAUCCGCCCAGGUCACCUCACUCAUUUGGAACACAACCCGCCGAGAGAUUGCGGCCACAUUCGGUUAUCCUUCGCCAGAGCACCCAUAUCGGGUCAGCGUUUUCAGUUGGCCCGAAUGCAGACAAGUUGCAGCAAUACCUUGGGAGGAUGGAUUGCGGGCUCUUUAUGCUAUUGCUUAUCCUCGAGGGCCAACUUCGGGCGGCCCAGCUGUCACGGGAGGGGGACAGGAAGGAUGCAUUGUUGUUGCAUCGAGCGAUAGAAGCAUUAAAUUCCAUGAAGUAUGGUCGCGAGAAAAGGGCGUAACUGUAGGCGCUACCGGCAUUCUGGCGGGAAGUGAUAUCCUCGAAGGGCUUGAGGGCAUUGACAAAGAAGGAGAUAUUAUCCGUUGA